AUGUCUUCCGAAGCUUAUUGUACCCUCCUAUACAACGACUCGUACCUCCCAGGUGCCCUCGUCUUGGGCCAUGCUCUACGUGAUGCUGGAACAACAAAACAACUCGCAAUCAUUGUCGGACCAGAAGUAAGCACAGAGGCCCGUAAUCGUCUUUUAGCCCUUUAUGACCACCUACUCCCAACAGAAACCAUUGCAAUCACCCAAGCUGAUGCUCCCCAAUUCAAACUUCUCGGCCGUCCGGACCUCGAACGCUCUUACACCAAAAUCAAUGUUUGGCUUCAAACCCAAUUCUCUAAAAUCGUCUUCCUCGACGCUGACACACUCCCUCUUAAAAACAUUGACGACCUCUUUGACCGUUACCCUCUGUCCCACUCAUCUAUCCCAAUUGCUGCUGCCCCGGAUAUCGGCUGGCCUGAUAUCUUCAACUCCGGCGUCUUUGUCACCCUCCCUAAUAAAGACACCUUUGAAGCCCUCUCGGGCCGCGCACGCGCAGGUCUCUCUUUUGAUGGUGGCGACCAGGGUCUUCUUAACCAGUUUUUCCAAGAUAAGUGGCACCAUCUCCCAUUCGUUUACAAUGUUACUCCAUCCGCUUCUUACCAAUACACCCCGGCCUACAACUUCUUUAAAGACCAGGUCGCAAUUGUCCAUUUCAUUGGCUCUUCUAAGCCUUGGUCUCAAUCUCUUAGCGGCCCUGCUUCCAAUGCAUCUUCCUUUGAACAUUCCUGGUGGGAGGUUUAUAACAAGCACUACGAUUCAUCCUUGAAUUUAAAGUCUCCUGAAAUAAUUGCCACCCUUCCUCUGGAUUCUGCCGUCGAAAACGUCUAUACUCAAAUCGUUUCUGACUCAACAGAUGACCAUGGCCCUAACUUUAUUCCAACUAUUGAACCAGAUGUUAACCGCUGGGACCCCACCCGUUAUCUUCCUCCACGCAAUUCAAAACCUGAGGCUUUGAAUCUUGUUAUUAGCCAUUACGAAAAUAUCUGGGAUCAUCCUCCUAAGGAAGACCCUGUUUAUAAUAAAUAUGUCGAGCAUCAGCAUAUGCAUUAUGACCCUCAUCCGGCCCCGCCACCUGCUCCUCCCCAUCCCCCUAUCCAUCACCAUGAUCACCACUGUCACCACGUUGAAGAAUUUUCUCAUUCUGAAUCCCACGAGGAACACCACGAGGAACACCACGAGGAAUACCACCAGGAACCUCCCCAUGAAGUUCACCAGGAAUCUUAUCAUGAACCUGAACCCCCUGUCAAGCCUGUUUUCCCCUGGGAAACUCAAGAACGCCAUGUUGAGCGUGUUUUCCCUGAAGAUUACGGUUAUGAAGAUGAUUAUCACCAUGAAGAAGAAGAAGAAGAACAUGAAGAACAUCAAGAAGGAAUUUAUCAUAAUGAUGACGAGGACGACGUUCAUAGCGAAGAUACAAUUGAUGCUGCGGACCAAGUGACACGCCAAUUCCGCGACUAUUCCAUUCAGCCGCAAUACGACUCUCUCGAUACUCGGCGAACAACCAACGUUUGGGAUUCAGAUCCCAAGAUUCAAAGCUAUAUUAGCAAGGUGACAUCCUACACUUCGGACCGCAUUAAGCGCCAGGCCGCUAUUGUCACUGCUGUACCUGUCACCCCUCCCAAGACUUCUAAGGCUGUUGAAGAAAUUGAAGAAGCUGAAGCUGAGGAAGAUAUCGAGGAAGGAAUUGAGGAGGCCGACGAUGAGCUUAAGCAUCAUAAGUUGGUGCACACCAAGAUUAAAGAGCAAAACGAAGAUGGCGUCAUUAUGAAACGUGAAGGCACCAAGUACCGUGUACCUGACCAGAAAGCUUCUAUUGGUGAGACGUCUGGAUUUUCUGCCAAAACAUUGAACAAAAUUGAUGCUGUCACUCAAAAACGUGAAGACGAAGGUGCUCCAUUGUAUUUCCCCGUGACGCCUAACCCCAUCAAGCUACGCGAGCAGGGAAUUUCUGGGGGGCUUUCUGAUGCAUCAUCUGAAGAUGAUGAAGGAGAAGAUAGUGGGCCUAUCCGAGUAGAUGAACAAGGCAUUGAUGAACUUGAAGAGGAAUUGGAUGCUGGUGAGGAGGCAAUUGAUUCACUCCCUGUAUACACUGAUGAAGAGGAAGUUGCAUUGACCGAGGCUCGCAAACAAGUAAGCCAAAAAACAUUGCGUAAUAUUGGUCGUCGUCAAUUUGCAAACCAACCAGCAGAACCAUGGGAUCCUUAUAAAAAACUUGAAGAAUUGGCUCAACUUGCAAACUUGCUUGCCCAGAAACAAGCAGAGUUUGAGCGUGUGUAUGGUGAGAUUGGGAAAGUUGCAGAAAGUUCUGUGCAGCAAGACGCAGAAACUGAGCCAGUGACUCAACAGUCACCCCGUGCACGUGGCCGUUCUAGCAGAAAGUAA